AUGAAAGGAAAAGAGCAACGAAGUGGAGAGGCAAGCCAUGCUUUUUAUUCUCUCGUAAUAGAAACGGUACCUCGAACUUGGCACAUGAAACCGGAACUUCAUUGCAAUCCCGUUGGAGUUCCGGCGGGCGCCUUGUCACCCCCGGCCACCCUCUCGCCACCGGGUAGUCCAAGCAUAAUCACGCUGCCAUCUUCGCCUUGGAGCCCAGGUGUACCGGGGAGCAGUUCGAGCAUUGCCUCCGCUAGUGCAUCUUCGGGCCUUUGUCAAUCCGUCCCUGAUCGUUUCAGCGCCUUCACCCUCGUCUCAAAUUACAAUCCCGAUUUGAGACUGCAAAAUCUACCACUCAGCUCUAACGUUGCCGCGCGAGAUAUGCGGUGCGGACUGAUGUACGGAGGUUACGGGGCAUCCGGGGGUGCUUGGUGGGCUCGUCACAUGGGCCUUCUGCUGCCACAUUCUUUGCUCCCGCCUACAAGAAUCCCGUCCCAACAGACGACACCGGUAACAAAUUGUUCGCCCAUUCAUCCGGAACCUCUCAGUCCGGCACGUCCCGGAUCACCGCGAAGAUGUACACCGGAGAAAGCCAAAUUCGAAGAGGAGGUGCCAUUGAACCUCAGCACGAAGCCGAGCGAUGUCUCGUCAAGUAUCGGCAACAGGAAAAGUGAAAUCUGGUCACCGGGCUCGGUUUGCGAGAGGGAGGCCAGGGAAACGAGAGCACCGUCCUCCAGGAGUCCGUCCUCGACCCCUGUAAUUACGCGGCAAAUUCAUCACUCGCCGCUUACUCCGCCCUCCUCGACCGAAAGGACUUUUCAAUGUAAGCAGUGCGGUAAAGCCUUCAAACGGUCAAGCACACUCAGCACUCACUUGCUGAUCCAUUCUGACACGAGGCCUUAUCCCUGUCAAUAUUGUGGCAAAAGGUUUCACCAGAAGUCAGAUAUGAAGAAACACACCUACAUCCAUACUGGUGAGAAACCGCAUAAGUGCGUGGUGUGCGGCAAGGCGUUCUCCCAGAGCAGCAACCUGAUCACGCACAUGCGUAAGCACACCGGCUAUAAGCCGUUUCAGUGCGGCCUGUGCGACAAAGCAUUCCAGAGAAAGGUCGAUCUGCGAAGGCACCGGGAAGGUCAGCAUCCGGCGGCGCCGGCGCUCGACUAUCGCUCUCUUCAGAUACCGCCUCAGCAGCCGAACAAUAACCGGCGCUCGUCACCGGUAUCGCCACAUUCGACGGGUUAUCGUAUGAUAUCCGUGCCCAGCAGCAGCUGAGACUCGUUCAGCUGACAGACGAACGUCUUGUCCGUGAACGCAGCGGUGCUUCAAACCGGAUAAAUCCCCCUUCAUCCCCCUCGCCUGCGCGGUACGUAUCGCACCAUCGUGUCGUAGCCCAUUGAAGGCAAUACGUAAUGUGAGAUCGGUCGCCGGAGAAGCGAGAUUUCACAUAUAGAUUUAAUCCGACGUUGAUCGGAAGGAGUAAUGCGUUUCGAGUGUAUCAUCCUUGGACAUAACGUUGAAAUAGCGAAACACGAACGUGUUUAAUGUGCGCGUACUGUAAGAAAAAAGAUUGAAUUUAAAAUGAUAACUUA